AUGUUACUGAAGCUGAGCUGUGUGAUUCUACUCAUCAUCCAGAGGGAUACAGAAAGUACACAGGUCAUUGGUGAAUGCAGGACUGUGGUACAGGGGGAGGAUGUGGACUUAUCCUGCAGACUGAUAGAGAGAACACAGGAGCUUAAACACAUAACAUGGCAGAAAAGUACUCAGCAUGAAAAACAUAAUUUGAUUCAUAUUUAUCCAAAUGGGGUUACUGACUUUGUUGUAUCAAAUGGAUUAAAAGGCAGAGUUCAGUUAAUUGGGAACUUAUCAGAAAAACUUGGAUCAAUUCGAAUAACAGCUGUCAGACUGUUGGAUGAAGGCACCUUCACAUGUAUCUUCAAUGUUUUCCACAGUGGAGCAUACACUACAGAGAUAUCUCUGACUGUGCUUGUUCCUCCAGUAGUGAGUGUGACAGUCGAUGUCCCUCCUGUUGUUGGGGAGAAAGAGGUUAUCCUGGCAACCUGUGUGGCUGCUGGUGCCAAGCCACAGGCAGAUGUGAAGUGGAAGACAGGGACAUUGGGCAGUUUGUUGAAGACAGUGACUAACUCCACCCAGCACGCCAACGGAACCACCACAGUACUCAGCCAACUGCUCGGGGUGCCAACCAGAGCAGCCAAUCAGCAGCAGGUCCAGUGUGUGGUCAACCAGUCUGCCCUGGCAACAGAAAAUAGCUUCAACUACACCAUAGACAUCCACUAUCCACCUCAGACAGUGAACAUUACUCUUAGUGAGACCUCUCAAACCUUAGUCCUAUGUGUAGCAGAUGGUAACCCACAACCCAACUACACCUGGAGCAGCUGGCUGCAGAAACACACACACACACUCUCAUACAUUGUCCUCGACUCCCUCCCCAGAGAGGGCCAGCCAUGGCCUGGCUCUUCAGUGAGAGCAGAGAGAGACACACUAAUUCUCCUCAGUCUCAGCUCUGAGCUGAAUGGUCUCUAUGUCUGUGAGGCCUCCAACCCCUAUGGACGAGCAACUGGCUCCAUCUAUGUAAACACUUCCUCUGGUGAGAAGCACCUUACACAAACAUAUUCACUGACACACACACGUUGUUGCUUAACUGAUUGCUUAUAAUAACUGUAUUCCCUCUCUCCUCACAGAGACCUGCCACGUUCUGCUCGUUGUUAUUCUAUGUCUUGUGUCUAUGUGUUGCUGCUGCUCCUGCACUUUUAUGGUACUGGUGCAAAUACAGAAUAUUUCCUCUAACUUCAGUUUCUAAAAAUCAAGCACUGAAAAAAUAAAUAUUUGUAUUGAAGACA